AUGGUGUUCGUAAUGGGCAUAAAUAUGCCUGACAAGAAACUAGCAAGGGUUGCUUUGCAAGCCUUCUACGGCGUUGGCGAACGCACAGCAGACCGUCUCUGUGCACGACUUCAAAUUCAUCGAACUCAGCGCGUGCGCAACCUAACGCAGAACCAAAUCACCGGCCUCACAUCGUUUCUUUCCUCUCCGCAAGCGGCGCCAGCCCUUCCUCGAUCACCUCUCGCCCAACCAGGUAUACUUGCACCGUCCACCGAAGCUGCAUUGAAGGCACCGCAGUUGAACAAGAAAGACCCAUUGCUCAAGAUCCGCAUAGAGUCGGAGCUGAAACGCGAGAUCCGCGAAAAUAUUGCACAUCAGCGUAUGAUCGGUAGCUAUGUUGGGCGAAGACACGCAAUGGGCUUGCCAGUCAGAGGCCAGAACACUCAGAAUAACGCGAAGAAUGCAAAGAAAUUCAACAGGAUAGAGAGAUGGCAUUAAUUUAUGUAUGGAUUUUAAUAAUAACAAUAUUGCAUUGUCUUUCGGGGAAAUUAUGCGAGCUGCAACUUUGUCUACGUGUCACAGCCUUGCACUUCUGUGUACAAGGGCGCUAUACCUGCCCAGUGUUUCAGCGGAAGAGAUUGAUACUUCCACUGUAGGCUUUUCUAAGACGAUCCUCCGGAUUCAAAAGUUUGCUCGGCCACUCUGCUGGACGAG